AUGCCUCAAGGCGAGACCUCUACAUGCGGCGGUGCUCCACCGGGCAUCGUGCAUAUUGCACCCGUCUUACCUCCUCCUACCUCCGCAAAUAUCCAUUCGCGGCAAAUUCGCCUUCCUAUCUCGGACUUGCAUUCACCACGAAUGGCCGCUGGACUAAAAGGGACACCGCAAGCUCAGAGGCAAAUUUCCCCACAUGAGCUUACUCGUGCUGAUACCACCAAGCUAUCAUUGGCUGCUGGCCUUCAGGCCAUUGCGUCAGCUCGACAAAUCGGACGUAUGGCCUAUCAUCUGCGGCGGUUCAGCCAUGAAUUUAAGCCUUCGUGGCGGGGACUUUUCCUCCUUGGAGAACAACGCGGUAUUCUCUAA